CCUUGGGGCCCUGAGGGGAGGUGGGGAGGGGCGGGGAGGGGCGGGCACCGAGGGCAGCACCGGCACCCACCGCGGCACCAGCGUCAGCUAUGGCCUCGCUCGUGAAGAAAAUAAUCAGCACUACGAAGGCCCCUGCGCUGGGUCCCUACAGCCAAGCCGUGCUGGUGGACCGGACAAUGUACAUUGCGGGACAGAUAGGCUUAGAACCUUCCACCGGGCAGCUCGUCUCUGGAGGGGCAAAGGAGGAAGCUAAGCAGGCUCUAAAAAACAUGGGAGAAAUCCUGAAAGCUGCAGGCUGUGACUACGGAAAUGUUGUGAAGACUACGGUUUUGAUGGCAGACAUGAAGGACUACAAUGAUAUUAAUGAUGUUUAUAAGCAAUUUUUCAAGGCAAACUUCCCAGCCAGGGCAGCCUAUCAAGUUGCUGCUUUACCCAAAGGUGCCAGAGUUGAGAUUGAAGCUAUUGCCAUUCAGGGACCCCUCCAAGAUGCUUCAGCCUGACUAUAAAUGGAGACUGGAUAUCCUACAACAGCAGUUUUGGAUUUGAUUAAUACUUCUCCCUUACAUCCAAUUCCUGCAGUUGACUAACAGCAGUUCCAUACAGUUGAAAGUAGUAAAUUUACCAAGGAAAGGUGCCUUCUUCUGGACUGGGGCCUUGGGUUCUCUAGAAUAGGAGUUCUCUGCUGGCAAACCCUGAAACCUGUGGGAGUCCUGCUAAAAUCAGCUGAUCUUGAUUGCAGGACAGGGCCCACCAUUUGUGAUGGUCACUGGAUAUUCAGGUAUUAAGGUACAUGUUUGGGUGAACUUAUGACAGUUAUGCUAUGUGUGAUCUGGACAUAGAAAAAUAUCAUGAUUUUUAAGUAACAAUUUUAAAUAAGAAAAAAUGACAGAAAUGAGAAAACUUGAAUUGCUUAGGGCGUAUCUUCACUUUUGGGGAAUUUUAUUUGUUUCUGAAUUGUCUUAACCUCUUUCUUUACAUAAUAGAUUACUGUUGGGACUCACAUUUUUUUCAUACGUAAGCAAUUGUUUAAGAAAGUUAAUAAUAAUUUCAGAAAUAAGAAAAUUACUCUUCUCUGAAGUGCUAACUUUAUAAAUCAGCUGUAAAUAAUUACUUACCUGACCUUUUUUCAUAAUCUUUUUCAUGGUGAUUCAAUUUUGACUGUUUUGAUUU